AUGCAGGAGAAUCGCAAGUAUGCCAAGUACAAGGACAUGAACUGCAACGAGAUCUACGAAACGUACGGGAAAUUGUUCGGCGACACCGGAGAUUCGACGAAGUAUGCGUUGUCCCCGUCUAAGCUGUCUCAGCGGGGUUUCGACUUGGACACUGAGAGCGAUAGCGGCAAUCGAGUUGACAAGUUUCCCUCAAAUGCGGAAGGAACGGAUUCUAGUGACGGCCCCAUUGAAGUCGGAGGCAACUCCUCGAUGAACAUCUCCGGGAUGCAUAGUGGGGAAAAAAGAAAAUUCAAACGUGGUAAAGAGAAAGGGAAGAAAAAAAAAUAUGGUGCCAGAGAGGUUUCUGCUUCCCUCGAUCAAUUGGUUAGCGUUGGAACUGAUCUUGCCUCCACCUGGAGAUCUCAUCAGCAGACAGACUUGUCGAUCGACGAGUGCGUGAGCGAAUUGCUGUCAUCUGGACAUAUGGCUGAAGGCACGCCGAUCCACAUGUUCGCUCUGUGGUUCCUACGUAUCAAGGAAAAUCGAACCUCGUACCGUGCUGCCAAAACACCUUACCUGCGGUACAAGUUUAUCGAGUACUGCUUCGACCGUGAUAAUCAGACACUAAACCGCAAGGGUUGA